AUGAUAGAGAUUUCACGUGAAGCUGCUGACGUAUGGAAUAAUUUAGAAGACACGGAUUUAACAAAAAUUUAUUUUAAAAUUUUGGCAAAAAUUGCCAAAGAAAAUUGGAAAUUUAAUUUUCUCGAAAACUAUGAUAAUAAUUGUGUUCAAACAUCACCACCACCUUUUCUUUUAGAAAGCUUUGUUCAUUCUUCUUCAUCAUCAAUCAGCGCUGAAGUCGUCACGUUCGAUCCAUUAGAGGAUGAACCAUUGAUAAAUAAUGGAGAUGAUAAUAUUACCAAUGGAUCGACUACCAUUAUUCCGCAAGCAAAUCUCAUAGACAGCAUACAUUGCGAACAAUCCGCUAAUAACGGUAAUUUUGGGAUUGCUACUGAACCGUUUUAUUAUGGUACAUCAUCUCCAAUUGUUACAGACAUCGACAUGGCAGGUCCACUAGAUGAUGACGAUAUUCCUCGUUAUUGGAGUGAUCAAACAUUCGAUUCAUUUAAAUUUUAA